AUGUCAAAAACAAUAGCCCCACCAACUUUGACCCCAAUACAGAGGUCCGAAGCCUUCCUCACCUGGUUCAAAGAGAACGGCGGGACCUGGUCACCCCACGUCAAACUGCACCAUACCGAGGAAUUCGGUUUCCACGUCAUGGCCACCCGGGAUAUCCCCCUGCCUGUUCCUCCGCCAUCAAAUACGGAUCAGUAUGAUACGCUCGUCACAUGUCCGUUGGAUCUGGCGAUCACUCCGGCGAGCUGUAGGAGAUAUGUGAGGUUUAGCCAGAAUUGCCCGGCUUCGCUGAGGAAGGUCAGGUUGAAUGAACGGCAGUGGGUGGUCAGCUAUCUGACUCUACAUCUGAUCGGGAUGGAGGAUCCCGAAGUUAUGGCUUCACUCCCUCGUCUCCCACACCUACCCUACACCCAGAUCCUCCCUACCUCCUCCGAGAUCCUCACACCAUUCUUUUACACCCAAGAAGAGAAAGAACUCAUCAAGGGUACCGAGAUGGAAAAGGUCAUGAUCGAUUGGGAAGGUGUAUGGCGGGAAGAGUGGGAAGCGGCACGGAAGGAGGUCUGUCAGGGGAGGUAUGCGGGGUUGAGGGGAAGUUUUAGUUGUUCGUACAAUAUGACCAUCCCACCUCACACCUCCCUCGCCAAAACGAAGAACAAGAAGAAACCGCUUCCACCGAAGACGAACUCGAAUCAAGACUUGUACGCCAGUUCGGAUUACGUCUCCAACAAUAGACGUUCGACCAGUUAUCCUGUCCUUGUACCUGGAUUGGACUUGCUAAAUCAUUCCGAGGAAGAGUCGGUCGGCUGGACGACCAGGCCGUUGGGAUGGGGAUUGAAUAUGGGAUCGGGCUUGGCGGGACCGAGCAAGAAACCAGGAAAGAGCAAAGGGAAGGGGAAGGGGAAGUCAAAGGCAAAAGCGAACAGACAAGAUCAGACGGGGCAAAUGGAGCAAGUAGGGGAAGUGGGGCAGGUAGGGGAGGCAGAGAAGCAUGAGCUGGUGUUCUGUAUCAAGAGGGAGUUGAAGAGCGGGGAACAGGUUUUCAAGAAUUAUGGACCUAGGACCAACGGCGAGUUCCUACUGGGCUACGGGAUGACCUUCCAUGAUAACCCGGACGACCUCGCCUCUACCGGUCUCAAGAUCGAAGGUGGUACGCUCCCCGCUUCCGAACAAGCCGAGCUCGAAGCGACCGGUCUAUCCGUCGACCGACAAUUCUGGAUCGCUCUGGAUGAAGACAUUCCUGAUGACCUCUUCCGUCUCAUCCGGAUCUUGAUGGGGUGCAAGGAUCAUCAACGCAUGUCAAUCGAUCAACUCGUCGCCGCCUCUCAGGUGCCGACGUCUUCGGAUUCCAUGAGGUUCGAAGCGUGUGUAUACGCGGCGAGGAAGGAGACGAAAGCGAUGUUGGUGUUGGCGAAAUUGUUUGCCAGUAAUGCGCAAUCGGCGUUGAGGAGGAAGAAGAAGAAGAACGAACAGGCCGUAGUCGGGACGCAGGUCAGGGCGAGGGUUCAGGCGCAAAACGGUCAUUACCUGCGAGGCCAAUGGAUGAUCCUGGACCGUCUCUACAACCUAGCCCUAUCAGACCUCGAAGACGCGUUCCGUAAGGUCCGAGAAGCACGUCUGGAUCCCGACGCCGAGUCGGACGAUUCCGAGGAUACGGAUGAAGAAGAUUGGCCGGAUCCGUCGGACGAUGAAGGGGAAGCGGUUGGGAGGAGUAGAGAGGAUGAGGAUGAGGAGGGCUUGGGGUAUGAUAUGUUUACGAACUCGGUCGUGAUCUGCUGA